AAAAGCAGAACAGUAAAUAUAAGCAAAAAAUAAAAAAUAAAAACAAAAAAGUAAACGAAAAUGAAAAAUGAAAAAGAAAGAAAAAACUGAGAAAAAAAAACGGUUCUGGGAAGGUUCUCCCAAAACCGGUGAGGAGGAAAUAGCGAAAUGGCCGACCAAAAAGGAGCAGACGCUGUAGGGGGGUACGUGCAGACGAGCUGUUACUACAUCAGUUGUACGUACUCCAUAGUCCAUAGCUAUUGGUUUCGACAUACAAGUGGCACUGUGGCAGCAUCUCACAACACUCUUGGUCUGCUUAAAAUCUGGGCAACUCAUUUAUACUGCCUGUAGCGACCGAGUAAAACUGGAAACAGGUAGUAGCCACACCUUAUCGUUGCUGUUACAACUGUCAACACAUGCAUAAUUUUGGAAAACAAUGACAACUACAAAUUCCGAGCGCGGCCUGUAAACGUGUGGAUUUUUCCGGCAUAGCUACUGAAUCAACAAAAAAAAACGGGUCCAUCCGUAUUUGUUCGUCACCAAUACUAUGUUACUAAUUUAUCAGCUUAGCAGCAAAAGCACAGAUGUGAAAUAACAUCAGGAUGUCAGUAGAGAAAAUAAUUCCACCCCGGUGUUGUUAAGUUCUUCUCUUCUCUGGCCGUUGCCAGGAUCCAUGGAUGAGAUAAUCCAUCGACGUCAAACUGGCGAGAUGAAUGAAUACUUCUAUCUUUUUUUCACCCAUCAUGAUAAUAAAUGAACAAACGUUUAUUUUCUCAUGAGCGUGAUAACAUCAGUAUCGCGAGAACUAAAGCAAAAAAACAAAAACAAAAAAAACUCAUCGUUUCAUUUCUUUCAUUACAAACCCAAAUACAAGGGCACUUUCAGAAUAUAUUUGUUUCUAUUACUUGUGAACCCCAGUUCCUUAAGUAAGUUCUAUCCUAAUAUAGGAGUACUUUACAAGAAGCCAUCAUCAUCUCUUGGGCAGCAGAAAGUCCAAGCUCUGGAAAUGGCCUCAUCAUCUGCUCAUCAUUGGAACCUACUAAUCUUUCUUUUCGGAUUCUAUAACUCCCGAACGUCAGAAUUUUAAAAGUCGCCUCCGAACGUCUUCUAGACCAGUGGAUAGGAGCACGAAUCCUAAAGAUUGGAUUGCUGACACGUCAGCUCUGGAAAUCGUUCGGGGAGGAGUUCCAUCACCCCGAACCUUAUCUUCUCCCCCACCGCAUUAGCUUCUGCCUUGUUUAUCCACUCCCACCUCCCCGACAGUGAGGCAGAGGCCAUGCCGCCGCGGCCGCUGCGGCGGCGUCCAGGCCGGCCCCUCCGCGUGCUCCUCGCCGACGCUGGGGCUCCAGACGCAUUUUUCGUUCCGUCUUGGGCGUAGCCGAGCGCCAGCCGGCUCAACCCGCUCGAGGUGUCAGGUCGCACCGCCGCAACAGGCGUCCAUGGCGGCCCCUCCUCGUGCUCCUCACCGACGACGGGGCACCAUGACGCCAUGUUCUCCGUUCCGUCUUGGGCGUAGCCGAGCGCCGCCUGCUCACCCGCGCCACCGCGGUGGGCGUCGAGGACGCCUCCAUUCGAGCGCUCCUCGCUGACGACGAGCACCAGACCGCCGGUUUUCAGGGUCCAGGCUGAGAGGUCCUGCAGCCACGCCCGAGCUGCGCAGCUCGCCUCCAACCCUGCAGCAGCCGCUACCUUGCCGCGCGACCGCUAAGCUUUUCAGAGGAGGAAUCUUUGAUGGUGAACUACGAGGUCAGGGGAAAAGUAGCCAACAGCUCGAGCGGUGCGCUCGAUUCAUGUCGCCGUCGCAGGACCACUGGUCCUUCGGGAGGCGGCGAGGCAGACGGGAGGCAGGCGUGGUAGGCGCAGCAAGCCUUUGCGGCAGUUGCAGGCAGGGCUAGUAAUUUCAGGUUCUGCACACACUCAAUCCAUCCUAGUUUAGCUAUCAAAAUUUUCUUCAAUGUGCGUGCACUUAUUGAGAGAGGUUGUACCUUUCAAUCUAGCUGUAGAUGGGGCCAUGGCAAAUUUAGUAUAAGUUUGUUCAAUCCCAUUGCAAUUUUCUAACAAAAUCUACCCUUUAUCAUGGCGAUUACAUAUUACUUUGUUGGAAGUUCAUGGAAUUUGUUCAUACCUUGGCAAAUUUGUAUCUGGUCGCAUGGAAAAUUCUAUAACAAAAAAUGAUGGCCAUGUCAACCAUAGCUUCAAGGUGUGUUUUGCCAUGCCAACUUGAAGCUUAGGUGUUUCCAUGACGGCAACAUUUGUGUUGUGUCUUUUUUGAAUGUUGCCAUGGCAAUUACAUUUUUGUUUGAGAACAUGGCAACUUUGGUGUUCUAACUUUUUCUUGCCAUGGCAAAAUUUAUUAUCUUUUUUUUAAAACAUGGCAAACUUGCCAUGGCAACUUUGCUAUGUUCAAGAACAUGACAAAGUUAUGGAUGUUCAAAAACAUGGCAAACUUAAAAUGUUUUUGGCAAAUGUAUUGACGGAGCAUGGCAAUUCUAGUUCACGGGGCAUGGCAAAAAUACCUUUAUUCACAGCGAAAAGUGAGAUUUUUUGUACGUUUUUCUUGCCAUGGCAACUUUACUUUAAUGGCAUGUCAAUUUUUACUUUAUUUUUUUGACAUGGCAAAUUUAUUGUAUAGAGCAUGACAAUUUUAAUUUAAAUAUGAUGGCAAAUUUACAUUUCCACACAUUAAUUUUUUUAAUAUGUAGCAUGGCAAAUAUACUUGUGUAGCCAUGGCAAUUUUUAAUUUAUUUCCAUGACAAAAUUACACCAUUUUUGCCAUGGCAAAAUUUACUUCAUUUUUUUGCCACAGCGUACUUUUAAUGACAUGGCAAAUUUUAGUUUUUUUUCAUGGCAAAUUUAUUGUAAAGAGCAUGGCAAUUUUAAUUUAAAUAUGAUGGCGAAUUUACAUUUUCCGGAACAUGACAAAUUUUUACUAUGUAGCAUGGUAAAUAUAUUUGUAUUCCCAUGGAAAUUUUUAAUUUAUUUUCCGUGGCAAAAUUUAAUCCAUUUUUUGCCAUGGAAAAAUUUACUCCAUUUUUGCCAUGGCAAAAAUACUUCUAUUCACAUGGCAAAUUUUAGUUUAACUUGCCAUGUGAAAAUUUCCUGCUUUUUUACAUUUGUAUAUUGAAAGAUGGCAAAGUUAAGAAAUUUUGAUCCAUUGAUAUAGCAUUGCUCAGAUUUUUAUACAUGCCCAAUGACAAUUUUUGUAGAAAUCUUUUUUGUUCUAUCUGAUAUUUCCAUUUUUUUUUGUUUUUCCAUAAUAUCAUAGCAAACCUUUUCCACACUCAAUUGUAAUGAAGUCUGUAUGAACAUCAUGGCAAUUCAUGUAAUUUUUUAAUAUACCCUUUUUCAUGAUUAUAUGCUAGUUUUGUUCAUAAGAGCAUGGCAACUUUUUGUCGCGUACUAUGGAUUUUCUAGAUUUGUUUCAAGGAGAGAUUUCUUGGUCCAGUGCAUUUUUAGGCCUUUUUCCGUUUCUGUCUAUUUGUUGGGAUAGCAGUUUUGUUUUUUUGAAACAAGGGUAGUAGCAGUUUUUGGGCCUACAGAAAAUGCAAUUCUUUGUUUUUUAAUUUAUUCAAUUUAAUGAAGUUUUUGGGCUGGUCUGUUGGAGUCAUUGAGCUGGCCCGCUGAAGGCGAGCGGAGACAGGCGUUCGGGAGGGGGGUAGAUCGUAACGAACGAAAUCGUUCGUUCGGUCCUCUCUCCUGGAUCGAACGAAACCUCCCCUCCCCGAACGUUCGGGGUGUUAUUUCUAAACCGAACGAAGCGCAGCUGACGUUGCCGUCUACUCCUAUAUCCAGAUAAGAUCGCCUCCUACUUUUCCUCUGACUUUUCCCCUCACGUACGUUCGUUCUCUCAGGUGCUUCUUCUUCCAGCAGGCGUCACCUGCGAGUCUCCCAUCUCUUCUCUCGGUCAUGAGUCAAUCAAGCUCACCACCAGGGGAAAAUGGCGGCGACGGCUACGUCUGCAACUGCCGCGCGAUGGGCGGCGGCGGCUGCCACUGCGGCUCUUACCUAGUAUCCAAAAGGAAGGACGACAUACUAAAUAGGCCACAAAAGGAGAUGAUAAUGGACAAAAUCUCUAAGAUAGGGCCCGAAUUACCUUUGCUCGUGCUGAAGAUGACAAAAAAUGGUAUACUGAAUCCAAACCUGCAUAUCUGCGACGCAUAUGUUUCGAGGUGUCUCCAGUAUUUCAUCGACGCAUAUGUUUCGAGGCGUCUCCCGCACGAACAAGAGGGCGACCAAAUAAUACCUCUCAAAGUUUUGCUAGAAGGUAUGGAGGUGAACACACAGCUGGUCAUCAAGAAAUAUCCCUCUGGGACGUGGCAUACUAUAUAUCGAAAAGACUGGAAGCAAUUGAUCAAAGAUGCCAAGAUGAAGGCGGGAGACAUUUGCCUCUUCCAAGUUGUAAACAGGAGCAGCAGCGAGCUCACGAUGAUGGUCCAUAUGAUCCGCACGUCGGAAAUGCUGCCUCGCAAGGAAGGAAGCACCAGCGUCGAGGCCAGCGAGCCUCGCGCGGAGGAGACACGCUUGGCCCAGCCGGGAGGAGACGCCGGCAAGCCUUGCGCGGAGGAGACCCACUCCUCCCCGGCGGGAGGAUACGUCGGCAAGCCUCGCGCUGAGCCCUCCGGAGGGAGCGACAGCGACAGCCGCCCCCAUCUGAAUGUGAAGAGGAGCCUCUCGCCUUCACCUGGCGAGUCCCUCCAAAAGGAGAAGAAGAUGCAGCUAGGGGCCACGACGUCCACCGAGCCCUCACCGGAGGCGCCCGCUGAGGAGACCCAUGCGCCCCUGUCGAGCCCUGAGGGGCGUGAGGAGAUGGCUCGCCAUGUUGAGGCGGCGACGAGGCAGACGGUGAGCGAAGAUGGUUUUGUGACUUGGCAGCCGCUCGAAGACUUGCCUCCCCCAGCUGGGAGGAACUAGCUUCGCAAGGGAAGGGGGCCUCCGAGGUGAGGAGGUGCCUCUAAAGGCGCGACGAGCCCCCAGCACAAGCCCACAGACGUGAAAUAACAUCAGGAUGUCAGCGAAAGCACAGACGUGAAAUAACAAUUUUGCAUCUGAUAAUAGGCUACGUACUUUUACAAGUCUAAUAAAAGGCCAAAACAAUUAUUAGCCAGGGUACUUCCACAUCUCAGAAUCACAUUUGUCUUCCCCAAUAGACAACUCAAGAAAGACGAUUGGCUUAGUCAAUCAAUCGAGACGUGCUUCCAUAUCCUGAUGCACUUGCCUU